GAAGCGCUCGCCGGCGGGAAGAUGGCGGAGCGGAGCUGAGAGCGGCGCCCGGCGAGCUCGGGCUGCCCCCGCCUUCCUCCGCAGCCCCCCGGACCCCCGCCGGACACAUGCAGGCCAAAAAACGCUACCUGACGCUGCUCUCUGCCGGCACCUGUCUUGCCCUGCUGCUCUACCUGGGAGGUGUGCGGCUGCGGGCGGCCCGGCACUCGCCGCCCGGUAGCCGGCAUGGCCCGCGCCCCGGCGGCGCCGAGCGGCCCUGGCCCCGCUUCCCCGACGCCCUGCGGCCCUUCGCGCCCGCCGAGCGCCCGGGCCCCGAGGGCGGCGGGCGCGUCUCCCCCCGUCAGCGGCGGGACGCCAGCGCCGGCCUCUACCGCGGGCGCCGCUGCCGCAUGGAGUCCUGCUUCGACUUCGCCCAGUGCCGGAAAAACGGCUUCAAGGUCUACGUGUACCCGCAGCAGAAGGGGGAGAAGAUCGCCGAGAGCUACCAAAACGUCCUGGCCGCUAUCGAGGGCUCCCGGUUCUACACCUCGGACCCCGGGCAGGCCUGCCUUUUCGUCCUCAGCCUGGACACGCUGGACCGAGACCAGCUCUCGCCCCAGUAUGUGCACAACCUCCGCUCCAAGGUGCAGAGCCUCCACCUGUGGAACAACGGCAGAAACCACCUAAUUUUUAAUUUAUACUCCGGCACCUGGCCCGACUACACUGAGGAUGUGGGGUUCGACAUUGGCCAGGCUAUGCUGGCCAAAGCCAGCAUCAGUACUGAAAACUUCAGACCCAACUUUGACGUUUCUAUCCCGCUCUUUUCUAAGGAUCAUCCUAGGACAGGAGGGGAGAAGGGAUUUUUGAGGUUUAACACCAUCCCUCCUCUCAGGAAGUACAUGUUGGUAUUCAAGGGGAAAAGGUACCUGACGGGGAUAGGGUCAGACACCAGGAAUGCCUUAUAUCACGUCCAUAACGGAGAGGAUGUUGUCCUCCUGACCACCUGCAAGCAUGGCAAAGACUGGCAAAAGCACAAGGAUUCGCGCUGCGAUCGAGACAACGCCGAAUACGAAAAGUAUGAUUACCGUGAAAUGCUGCACAAUGCCACUUUCUGUCUGGUUCCCCGUGGCCGCAGGCUUGGCUCUUUCAGGUUUUUGGAAGCCUUGCAGGCCGCCUGCGUCCCGGUCAUGCUCAGCAAUGGAUGGGAGCUGCCGUUCUCGGAAGUGAUUGAUUGGAACCAAGCUGCCAUCAUCGGCGAUGAGAGAUUGUUAUUACAGAUUCCUUCUACAAUCAGGUCUAUCCAUCAGGAUAAAAUCCUAGCACUUAGACAGCAGACACAGUUCUUGUGGGAGGCUUAUUUUUCUUCAGUUGAGAAGAUUGUAUUGACUACACUAGAGAUUAUUCAGGACAGAAUAUUUAAGCACAUAUCACGUAACAGCUUAAUAUGGAACAAACAUCCUGGAGGGUUAUUUGUACUGCCACAAUAUUCCUCAUAUCUGGGAGAUUUUCCUUACUACUAUGCUAAUCUUGGUCUGAAGCCUCUUUCCACAUUCACUGCCGUUAUCCACGCAGUUACUCCCCUGGUUUCCCAAUCUCAGCCUGUGCUGAAACUCCUGGUUGCUGUAGCCAAGUCCCAGUACUGUGCACAGAUUAUUGUUUUAUGGAAUUGUGAUAAACCCCUCCCAGCCAAACACCGCUGGCCUGCCACUUCUGUGCCUGUCAUAGUCAUUGAAGGAGAAAGCAAGGUUAUGAGCAGUCGCUUCCUACCCUACGACAACAUCGUGACAGACGCAGUGCUGAGCCUGGAUGAGGACACCGUGCUUUCAACCACUGAGGUGGAUUUUGCCUUUACAGUUUGGCAGAGCUUUCCAGAGAGGAUUGUAGGCUAUCCUGCACGCAGUCACUUCUGGGACAACACUAAGGAAAGGUGGGGGUAUACCUCCAAAUGGACUAAUGACUAUUCCAUGGUAUUGACAGGAGCUGCUAUUUACCACAAAUAUUAUCACUACCUGUACACUCAUUACCUGCCUGCCAGCCUAAAGAAUAUGGUGGACCAACUGGCCAAUUGUGAGGACAUUCUUAUGAAUUUUUUGGUGUCAGCCGUGACAAAAUUGCCUCCAAUCAAAGUAACACAGAAAAAACAGUAUAAGGAGACCAUGAUGGGACAGACGUCCCGGGCCUCGCGCUGGGCCGACCCCGACCACUUUGCCCAGCGGCAGAGCUGCAUGAACACUUUUGCCAGCUGGUUUGGCUAUAUGCCGCUGAUCCACUCGCAGAUGAGGCUCGACCCUGUCCUCUUUAAAGACCAGGUCUCCAUCCUGAGGAAGAAGUACCGAGACAUUGAACGACUCUGAGGCCGCUGCCGAGGGAGCCGGACUGUGCGCCGGCAGCGAGCGCCCGACCCCGCCGGCCGCGGCUCCGCGCCCAACCGCCGGCACGCUGCUGUCGCUGGGACUAGGUCGUGUACAGUUUCAUUAUGGAACAUUAAAUAAUUAUUUUUGAAAUGAUUGCUAUGCAGGUUUAAACUUUUUUAAUGAUCAAAAAAAAAAACCCUAUUAAAAACAGAGUUCUUUCUUUAAUCAAAAUUGUGUUGGUUGUGAAUAUUUCAGAGCUGCCAUUUCUUUCUUUUAUGCAUUUGAUUGUCAAUGCAAUUUUCAUUCCUUUUUCCCUGCGCAGUUAAACGCUGGAAUCUCACUGGGGGAAAAUGCAGCAGGUUCAGAAACAAACUGAGCACAAACAGGACAGAACUGAAGUAUUAAUCUUUCUUGUUUACUACCAACUUUUUUUUCCAGUUUUCCCCAAGCCAGUAGCAGCCCCUGUAGCUGAAAUCCUUUGGACAGCUGGAAAACUAGAGAAUCUCCAAGGAGCCAAAUGAGAGGGCAGAUCCUUCUGGUUGGGGACCUCUGUUUUAAAGGCAAUCAGCCUUGCCUUGAAGGGAGAGAGGAGCAUUAUUGUGGAGGAGCACAACAUGGAGCACAGGGACACACGUGCACAGCAGGGCUGCAGGGCCGUGUGUUGUGCUCAGGGAGGCACGCCUGAGUGUCCCUGCCCAUGGAUGGCACAGCACCCCGGGGCAUGGUGGUCCUGUGGGACACCCAGAGCUGUGCAAGUCCCUGCUGCAGGCAGUAGUGCCUCUUGGCAGCUAAACAUCCAGAAGUAGAUUUGUUCUGAGGGUAAAAGGAGUGGUGAUGGAAAGCAAGAAAGCACUUUGGUGCUUGCAGUGCAGGUAUUUGGCCUGUAACUGGCUUAUUUGAAAUCAAAGCAUGGGCUUCUCUUUUUUCCUUUUUUUUUUUUUUUUUUUUUUGGAAGUGCAAAUAUAUAGAAACAUUCCCUCAUGGAGGUCUGACACCUGAAGUAAAGCAUAUGGUCAGACACUGGGUCCUGGCACCAGUGGUGUUCCCAGGCAUGCUUGGGGCAGGGUAACUCAUACAAAAAACCUGCUUCUGAAAGAUGAGUGCUGCUCGUGCUCCAAAAUGGUUUUAGCAUUUCAAAUAUAAGUGGUUUUAAAUUGAAAUAUUCCAGUUGUUUAUUUUUUUGUAGUCUUUUGCUUAUUUAUGUGUUUCUUCGCAUUGAAGAGUGAAAACAGAAGCAGUGAUUUGGGUCAGGAAGAUGCCAUUCCAGUUUGCUAAGAAAAUAAGCACUUUAAAAAUGUUUCAAACCCUCACAUUUUGGGGUGCUCUGUAAUUAUCCCCACCCCAAGAGGAGCUCUUUUAAGUCACAGCAAGAGGGUUUAGUGCUGAUGCCCAGAAGACCAGCAAGCCUUUCUAUACCUCACUUCUUUGUAAGCAGGCAGUCUGGUAGCAGGGAUGAAGAGUAGCAACUCUUCAGUCACUACCAGUCCCAUCUAGUAGGGAUGAAGAGUAAUUGGACCAGAAUGACCACCUGUUUCCUUCAGGCUCAGGCACCUAUUUAAUAUGCAGCUUUAAGCAACUCACAUAACCAGGGCAUGCCUCAAUUUCCUCUUUGUAAAAGUAAUUGUUACUGAUUGUAGAGAGAAUGCUGUGAAGCUCAAAUAAUUUCUCUUGCUGUUAAGAUUAUUAUUCCUAAACAGAAAGUUGCUGUCAAAGUGAAAAGUACAUGUUGCUAAAUGUUGAAUGCAACCUGACAUGUGAAGACUUGCAGAGGGUGCUUUGCUUUGCAUAUGUAUUGCAGUAUUUGAACAGAGCAUGUCAAGUUAGGACAGGACCAUCAGGUUCCUGGCAUUUUGUUUUAGAAUCAUAGAAUGGUUUGGGUUGGAAAGGAUCUUGAAAAUCAUUUGGUUCCAAUCCCUCUGCCAUGGGCAGGGACAUCUUCCACUAGACCAGGUUGCUCAGAGCCUCAUCCAGCCUGGCUUUGGACACCUCCAGGGUGUUCUGUGCAACCUGUUCCAGUGCCUCACCACCCUCACAGUAAAGAAUUUCUUCCUAAUACCUGAUCUGAAUCUACCUUCUUUCAGUUGAAAACCAUUACCCCUUGACCUGUCACUACAUACCCUUGUAAAUCUGAACCAAAUCUUUAAAGGAAUCUGCCAAAACGUGUGAGACUGCAGUGACUUAAGUUGCUGAAAGGAAGAGGUGCCACUUUUCCCUCAGUUCCCAUUGCUCUCCCAGUCCCUGGCCAUGCAGUCUCACCUGAUACCUUCGGCCAUGGUGGUGGCCACCAGAUGCUUCUGUGAGCCCAUUCAGCUCUCUAAACUCAUGGAAAACUGUCCAGUGAUUUAUUGGCUUUUUCUAAUACCAAUCUAGAGAGUUAAAUCAGCAUAUGGAGAGAAAUGUCAAGAGGCAGCAGUAGGUAGGCAAGGCCAGGGAGGGAAGGGGAGCAGGAUAUAUUUCAGUCUGUGUUUGGGUGAGCUGCUAAUUCAGCCACCCACAUCUUGUAAGAAUCUGAACCUCACUUCCCUGUGCUCUCAGGUCUGUGCUUGGUGAUCUGCAUGGGAAGGUGAAAUCCACUGAUUCUAUUUUCCAGAGUGAGAGGCUCAGUGGCUCCCAUGACUUGGAGAUCACGUAGCUCAUUCAAGGACUGGAACAGACCUUCUCCUUAGACUCCCUUUUUGGAGAAUGUGCCAAACACUGGAUGAGGCUUUCAGGGCUCACGUUUUUGCUCAUGUGCCAUGUGCAGGUGAGUGAGCACCCAUGUCCACCAGAGCAUCUGCACCUCUGGGAAGCAGUCACUGGUCUGUAGCCAACAAGAGAGACCCGUACUAAAGCAAAAUUACAGUUCUGCUUGGGUUUUAGUAAAUGCCAUUUGGGUUGGAGUUUCAGUUAGAAAGAGAGUAACUAACUAUUUUUGGAGUGCAGCAAGUCAGGCCAAGCUUUUAAGCUGUUUGACAUUCUGUUAUCGUCACUUUUUGGGGUGGCUGAAAGAGACUGUGCUAAAGUUCACUCUCAGUGUGAUUCGAGGCCCCUUGUGUUUACUGAUUGCUAAUUAAGCAAGUGACAAUGGAAGGCUUAGCUCCAGAGGGAUGAGGAUAGGUAGGAGCAUUUCCCUUUGCGUGUGUUGCCGGGGUGCAGCCGGCGUGCUGGGAAGGAAUGUCCCUCGCGGCCGUCGCUCUCCGUGCCCGCAGCCCCGGGCUGCAGGGGAAGAGCUGGACACAGACCCAGCUCAGAGACUCUGUGUGUUACCCUCACUGUGGCCAUCGCUGGCCAGUGCUCCUGAGAACAGCAGGCAAAGCCUCCCACGUCCACCUGUGUUGGACAGAGCUGUGUUGUUUCCUUUGUGAAUGAAAUCACUCUUCUGUCGUGUCCUAGGUGCAAGUUAAUGGUUCUUUAUUCUUUUUUUUCUCCUCUCCCAAUUCAGAUGGUGCUGAAACAAGGUUCAUUCCUUGUUGCUCCUUUUGUAGGUUUUUUUUAUUAUUAUUUUUCAUUAACAGCAGGCUAUGUUAGCCUUUACUUUACAGGUACUUGAAUGCCUGAUGACUUGACUGAGUGUUACGCAUGUGGCCUUUUGUAAAGGUUACUGACCUUAAUUUAAUCAGGGGUGAGAUGGGUGGAUGAAUGUGAAUAGAUCCAUGCCAUUAAAACAGAAUAGAAGUAGGGAUUAGAGUUUGGGAGAACUGAUGAAUUUUUAAUUGAAUUUAUUAAAGGUAAAAAAAAAAAUUAGAAACCCUUCCCAGUUAUAAUUGAAUGAGAUCUAUUGCUGGAGAAAGGUUUCAUGAGAAAAAUGUGACACAAAAAUAGGGGCAAACUUCCAAGAUAGAAAGUGCCUGGCACUCCUUGCAGUCCCUUGGGCCUGCACAAGAUUUUAUUUGCCCUCUUUCUAUUUUGUGAAAAUCUCUAAUGAUUACCAUACCUUUUUCUAGAUGUGAAUGUUUAAGCUUUGUAAUAAUUUCAUAGUGAACACACUGGUGUGCUAAUGCAUGGCUAUUGAGCACUUUGAUCUUUUCCAUUGGAAAACAUCAUGGAUUUGAUCAAUUUCAGGUUGCAAUUUUUCUUUUAGAGCCAAUUUUGGCAAAGAAAUUAAUUUUUCGCCAAUGAGCGCCUUUUAAAAUAGCUCAUUUACCAAAAGAUGUCGUUUGGAGAAUGGAAGUCAUCAUUUGAAGCAAUGAAAGAAAGAGCUAGAUGUAGACUCAGAUUUUUUAAAAAUCUUUACAUGCCCAGUGUACAAUGUUGUGUCCUCCUCUUUUGCACUCCCCUACUGAAACUAAAGGAAUACCAUAACAUCUGUUAUCCAUCGACAACAAUUUGUUAAUUCCUCCGCUUAAACAUCCUCUUACAGCAGAGGGUGGUUUGGUUGUCUGCUCUUUUUUUUUUUUUUUUUUUUUCCAUUCCCAGGCGGGCUCUGAUGUCUAUUCUGGAAAUGUGGCCUUCAAGGGCAUCAGCCUGACAGAGCCAUUUCCCUGGGCUGUAGUGGGAUUUCACAGGAUGCACCUGUGGUCUUCCAAGGAGGGACCUGCCCCACGCAGGGUCUUGGCUGGUGUCUGCUGGAAAUAAAAUUGCAUCUUCCAAAAUUUUGUACAUCUCACCCUUGUUUAAAACUAAGUCAAGCUGGCCUUUAUACCACUAUUUUAACUGUCUUCACACACAUUUUUUGAGUUGGAAUUAAAUUAGAGGGAGUUAAAUUAGGCAAGGGUUAAACUGGGGGGCUGGGUGGGUAUGGGACUCAUCAGAUGCUUUGAGAUGCUCCCUCCCAUUCUUUCACAAUGUUUUUAGUGAUUAUUUCACAGUGGUUAGUGAUGAUCCAAUGGGCCUUGCGACCUUGUACAUAAUUCUGUAUAUUUAUUUUGAGAGAAAAUAUGUAUAGUGUUUGGAUUAUGAGAAUGGAAACCUGAACUGAGAAUUCUUAGGUUGGCAAAUGUAAAGCAAAAAGGCAAACAAAAAUACAAUCUUAUUUUGUAUAAAAUGUACAUUUUUGAGAAAAAUUUUCUAAUGCAUUACCAAUGUUUUCAUAGUGCUGCCACAUUUUUUUAAAGUGUUUCUCCCUCUUUGUUUGACUAUUGACAAUAUGGUGCAAUUAAACCUAAAGCAAAUGUGUGAAUGAGAGAAAAAGAGAGAAUGAGAAAUUUAAAAGCCAUAUAAUUUGGUUUACUUCAUUAACCUGUAUACCAUCAUAGGUUUACCAUCUAAGAUAGGUUGGUUUUAUAGAUAGUGUCACCAAAGACUUUUUUUCUUCAGAUUUAUUUUGAAAAGUUGUUAAUAAAGGACGUACAUUUCUGUUA